AUGUUCCUAAGAAAGUUCGAGGAGAUUCAAGGCCUGGCAAAUGGUGCACCUAGCUUGGAGGCCAAGCUGAAGGCUCUCGGUGUACAAUCGCAGGAGGUAUUUGGGUGUUCUGAAAUCGCACAAGGGAAUGACCAAGCCCCAGCUCAACUCAAUGUCCGUUUCCAUGCAGGAGACACGGAGCUACAGAAUCGGCCAGAUGCAACGCAACACUCGACUAUCGAUCAGCGACCGGCGGUCAGAGACCAGAGACAGUCACCGCCACAGCCUGCUUCGGACCUGGGCGUGUCGUGGCAAAUGAACCAACAUCAAGACCCAAAUCUGGCAAAUCUUCUUCCUAACCACCAACAGCCCACGUCCCAUCCUGCGCUAGGCCUCCCCCAAAACAUAGUGGGCACAAUGAAGCAGCAGAAUGGGUUAAUCGUUGACCCGGGACGGGUUUGCACUUCAACCGCCAAUGAUAUGUCCAUGCACCCUUCUCAGACCUCGGCGACCCGGCAGGCUGUGCCCAAUUGGGAGUUUGUUGCACAAAAUACAUUUCCUGCCGCAUCUACGAAUGUCCAGGGCCAGCAACACGAGUUAUACGACGUUGAUAACCUUUUUGAUGGUCUUCUCCGAGGAAAUGUAUAA